UCAAACAUCAGUCAGCCAGCGUCCGUUGUGCAGUGCGGUACAGUUGAACGUUACCACCAGCAAAAGCAAAAGCGCUUCUCAAAGCAUUAAAGCUAUUCGUCGGUUUAGUGCAAAUCGUACAAUUUUCCCCAGCAAAAUGGCCUUCAAGUUUGUAGUAUUUGCAUCGCUGCUUGCCUUCGCUGCGGCCUUCCCCGGUGGCUACGGAGAUUACUACGGUGCGGAGCAUCAGCUCGAGGGUGGCCAUCAGUACGGACAGGUGGCACGCAUCUCGCUCGGUGACGGCCACGGACACCACGAGUACCAUGAGGAUGAGCACGUCGACUACUACGCCCCACCAAAGUAUGCCUUCAAGUACGGAGUGAACGACUUCCACACCGGAGACGUCAAGUCGCAGCACGAAACGCGCGACGGUGAUGUCGUGAAGGGUCAGUACUCGCUGGUCGAACCGGACGGUUCCGUGCGCACCGUCGACUACACCGCCGACAAGCAUUCGGGAUUCAACGCCGUUGUGCACAAGACGGCCCCGGUCAGCCACCAUCAGGGUGUGCCACGUGGCCAUAUGUUGUGGCCGUCCUUCGGCGGUAUGCCGGCGGUUCGCCUGGUACUGGUCUGCCCGGAGUGGAAUGCGACGCGCACUGCCAUUGACGCGGUAAAGCAGAUCAAGGAAAUGAGAGUAGUAGUGCAGCAGUGCAAAGCAAAGCUUGCUCAAAACAAACCAACCAACCAACCAAUUACAAUGGCUUUCAUCAAAUCGCUUGUGUGCCUGGCCGUUAUCGGAGUUGCCGCCGCUGGUGUGGUCCCGCUCGCCACCGAAUACCAGGGAGACUACUACGCUCACCCCAAAUACUCCUACAACUAUGGUGUUCACGAUAGUUUGACCGGAGAUGUCAAGUCGCAGGUCGAGAGCCGCGACGGUGAUGUCGUGAAGGGCCAGUACUCCCUCGUCGAGCCGGACGGUUCCGUGCGCACCGUCGACUACACCGCCGAUGAUGUGAACGGAUUCAACGCCGUCGUCAGCAAGUCGGCCCCGUCCGUCCACGCCAAGACCGUGGUGGCCCAUGCCGCCCCGGCCGUCGUUGCCCACGCCGCCCCGGCCGUCGUUGCCCAUGCCGCCCCAGCCGUCUACCAGGCCCCGGCCGUCUACCAGGCUCCGUCCGUCUACGCCACGCACCAGGCCCCAGCUGUGUACGCUUCCCAUGCUGCCCCGGCCGUCUACGCCACCCAUGCUGCCCCGGCCGUCGUCUCCAAGACCCUGGUCUCGCACGCUGCCCCGGCCGUGUACGCCACCCAUGCCGCCCCAGCCGUGUACGCCUCGCACGCCUAUGCCCCAGCUCACGGAACCGUUGAGUACCAUGGCAAGGCUGCCGCCCCGCUCGCUUACUACCACUAAGCCGAACGAUAGUCACACUCGACGCUCCGAAGCUGCCCACUCCCGGAGGACGCCUCACCGUGGGCCUGAUUCUCUCCCUCCCACCCUAGCCUGACUUCACUGCCAAAAGUGUGGAUAUUUAUUUCAUCUCCCUAGCUCUAUUAUCCCCGCUCGUGCAAGGUCCCACGAAUCGAGAGCCCACCCGUUCCACGGGAAGCAGCUUGUUUUCGACCCAGCAAAACCUCUUCUUCUUCCUCUCUAAUGGCCACCGCUAAACGGAAGCAUCGCCCGUAACAUCACGCCCGUCGUCGUUCUUCUGUAUAUAGUUCGUGAUCGUGGGCCCGAAAGCAACGUUUGGUUUGGUGGCAGUGCGAGCGACUGGACUGUGUGAAAGAGUUUUGAGUGAACUGCUGAUCGGGUUUUGGGGAAAAUGUCGCAAUGUGGACGCAUGUUCUAGUUCCGCAUUUCCUCGAACAUCACUAUGAAAGAUUUCUAAAACAAAAAUAACGAAUCGGAUUCAUUUCGAUCGUAAGCUUUGCUUUGCACCUUCGCUCUGCACACUGCCAUCGGAUCGAAACCUGUUGCAGCCUGAGUUCACGAUCAGUAAUACUCAACGUGUACUUCGAAUCAUGACGAACGAGUCGAAUGUUCCGGCGUUACUUCUUCGGGGCUUUCCUCGUCAAGCUGACGGUUGUUACUCUGCUAGCCUGGUGAGGAUUGUCUUAUUUGUACAGAAUGGAAUGAAUGCCGACGAUGAUAUUAAUUUAAACUGAAGAAUAAAACUCAAAUGUACGAUGAAA